AUGCAAGAUCGCUCAUUAUCACCAACACAGCCAUUGAGCUCUUCCAAAAGCUCUCAGGAACGAUACUUGGCGGAUUCAAGGCCAUGGCAUCACAAGCUGGUGUCAUUGUUCAUGAAAAGGCGAGCCUUCAAACAAAUUACCCUUGUGUUGCUGUCAGUGGUGUUUGUAUUUAGUACCUGCUUGUUCUUUUUCCACCAACACACAAGGAGCUCAACCUCUGCAUCAGCGACCACAAAACCUUCUCAAUGGAUUAAAGCAUCGCCACCACCACCAAGUAGCUAUAGCGUAUCACAAUUCAGCACCUGGCAACAAGAUGGUGGGUGGAUACGGGAUGGUAGAAAAUCAACAAGCUUCCUUGAAGGAUUACAAACAUACACACUUGAAGGCCACGACCUUGCAGGUCUUGAAAGUUUGAUAUCAAGCACCCCUUCCAAUGGUGUAUCAUCAUCAUCAGUGACAGCUGUUAUACACCUUCAUGAGCACACAGCUGAACAGCUCGAUGCAUUGGUUCGCCAAAGCCAUGUUCCAGAUGCUGUUGUACUUGUGACGCCAUCAACCAUGGUCGACCAAGCGAGAGCUAUUGCAAGGCAUUAUGCUCACAUUAUCACUACUUCGACCGUUAUUCAAGUUGUUUCGCAUGAUCAGCAAUCACCGGAUGACCAUGCUAGUUUUAUCAGCUUUUUACGCCAUUCAAUCGAUUCGGAUUGGGUUUGGAUGCUUGACAUCCAUGCACGACCUGGCACACGGCAUCUCGAAUUUAUGCAUAAUUUGGCACACACAAAAGAAUAUAGCGGUGCUUCCCUUGGUUUCCAUGGCGUCCUUCUUCCAUCCAACAUGUUGCAUCCACCAUCCACCAAAGACAGCAACAAUGCACGACAACACCAACAGUUGCUAUGUUUACCACAUGCAUUCAAUGAAUUACCAAAUGUGACCCAACCAGUGGAUAUGCUACAAGGUGCAUGGUUCUUAAAGCGUACAUGGUUGCAGCAUCUUGAACCCCAUGUCGACCAAAAGAGUGGCGAUGGUGGUCCGUGGUCAUUUUAUCUAUCACAACAUCUCCUGCAUGAUGCACAAGUACCUUCUAUCGUUAUACCUACGCAUCCCGAUCCCGCCUUUCAAUUGGCAAUGCACGUAGAUUAUUGCCCUGAAGUCGUUGCUGCAUACGAAAAGGACAUUUCAUGGAAACAUGUUUUACAAAGGCAUACGAGUUUGACAGCUCUUGAUCAACGACAGCGUACCAUGAUGAUCAAUUAUGAUGCCCACCGUGCUGUGUUUAUGGCGAGACAUGCAAAGGACCUUGUGGCACUUCACCCCUUGCUUUGCCGUAUGCAUCACAGUGAUCAACAUCGCCAAACCCAGUUGCACGUGGUCGUCAUGGGCGACCUGCUUGGUCAAUUUGAAUGGCCUACCACAUCUUGUUUGGCCGGAGAUACUUCCAUCAUUAUGCAUACGAUUAUGGAUGACGUUGACAACAACAAGCAAAUUCAGCCGACUUGGGAAAUGAUACGCGUCAUCGAUGUGCUUAAUCCACAUUUGCUAUUUCACGUGUCUCAUGAUGAUGAUCGACAACUUCAAGCUCUUCACUCAUUGUCUCGUAACAAAGGCAUCACACCAAUUGCUUUGCCUGAAGAGCAGGUUUCCAAUGCAUUGUGGAUUUCGGAUUUGCCUGUGGUGGCCUUACAACGUUGGAACGACAUUGAUGUGGAGCUUAUUGUUAUUACGGAUCGGCGAUCACAUUCACUGGCACGUCUUUUACAAGCGCUAUCCCGAUCUUUGUAUUUCAAUGAUAAGGUGCAACUCAAGAUCUACAUGGAACAAUCAGCGGACCUUACCACCCGGCACAUGGUAAAUGAAUAUGCAUGGUCAUAUGGUACCAAGACCGUACGCCAUCGCUCAAGGAAAGGUGGUCUUAUUUCAGCCAUUACGGAAUCAUGGUAUCCUUCCAGCAAUGACAACUACGCUGUUUUACUUGAAGAUGAUAUUGAAGUCUCGCCCUUGUUUUACGUAUGGACAAAGUACACAGUGCUAAAAUAUCGCUAUGACCCACACAAUCGAGACAUGUCCAUGUUUGGCGUAAGCUUAUACACACCACGAAACGUGCCGGUCUACAUGGAUGGUCGACACGCGUUUAAUCCAGAAGACAUUAUCACUAGCAGCUCGUUGCCAUAUCCAGGACCAAAUUCUCCCUACGUGACAACAUUACCUUGCAGCUGGGGAGCCGUAUACUUCCCUGAACAUUGGCGUGAGUUCCAUGAAUACAUCAUGGAGCGAGUUGCAAAGCCAAAAAAGGUAUACAAUAUUACCGUACCAGAAAGCCGUUCGGAGACUUGGCACUUUUCAUGGAAGAAGUUUUACAUUGAGAUGGCGUAUCUACGUGCGUAUGUUAUGCUAUAUCCCAAUUUUGAGGAUUGGACAUCCUUUUCAACCAACCAUCUUGAGAUUGGACAGCACAUUAAGGAAGGCACACGCACUGAAGAGGAAUUACGAGACUUCCAAGUACCCCUUAUGGAAACCGAUGUUAUGCUUGCUCAACUGCCAAAUCAUCGUUUGCCAACCUAUGAUACCCUUCCUGUGCUUGAUUUAUGGGGACGUCGUACCACAAUGGAAGGUUUAACACAAGAUGCCAUCAAGCUACACCCACAAAUUUCAACAUGCCCUCGUAGCCCUGGCCGCUUUAGAGCGGAUGAUUUAUUGUGUCCUUUUUCAAAUCCCACCUUCAACACCAUCAAAAACAAAGGCAAAGGCAAACCCAAAGAAGUGCCACCAGAGACCAUUGUUCAGCCUAUCAAAUACAUCUAUGUAUCUACCAAUGUGCAAGUGCCUGAGGACGUAUUGCCACGACCCAUCAACGUAUCACAAAUGGAUUCCCCUGUGCUCAAGGCGCCUGAAAAGGAUGACGAGCUUUUGGAUCUUUUGAGCAGCUAUAGUAGCGCAAAUAUUAGUCCAGAAGCAUAA